AUGCCAUAUAGUUCGAGGGAGAGCAGCCCGAGUGCCGGUGUUCACCAAACACCGACGAGUGCCGCGACGCGAACGAAGAAGAGGCGCGCGAACGAGCCGACGGGGCCGACGCCAGCAUCCACCAACGACAAGGAGGCCUCCUCUUCGGACACUUCAUCGGCGACUUCCCAGGGGAAAAAGCGUUCGCUCGCCUUACAGCGCGUCAGGUACAGAUACGAGAGGGAGGAGUACCGGUGCUCGCUGUGCUCCUACGCAUGCACGAUCGAGAAGGCGUUCCAGAGGCACCUGCGAGCCCACGCCCGGGGCACCGCCAGCGAAAGUCGCGUGAGCUGCGCCGUCUGCGGGGCCGAUCGUUCCACCGAGGUCGAUCUCAGCAAGCACAUGCGCCGCCACCGGGACAACCGCUACUUCUGUUGCGACAUCUGCAUAUUUCGCACAGUGCAACUGAAAAAGUUGAUCCAGCAUCGACGCAUGCACACCGGGGAGAAGCCCCACCUCUGCCCGCACUGCGCCUACCGGAGCGCACGCCGCGACAACCUGCGCAGCCACGUGCGCCGCGUCCACAAGAAGGAGAACCUUUAUUGCGACACCUUCAGUCCGCGUGGUAUGUUUAUCGCGCCUAAGCACCAGGUGUCGGGUGAGGAGCCAACGACGACCGUCCAUAUCUCUUCCGACUUGGCCUAGAGGACAGUAAGGAGCGUAUGCGGUGAGGGAUCUCUAGGUGCGAGAGGCUGCUUUACGAUGCACCAGCCAA